AUUAGUCAGGUACCAUCAUACAUGAAAAAUAUUGCAAAAUAAUGUUCGAAGCGUUAAUACAAAGACUGUAAAUAGGAGUGUAGUGUGUGAUUUAUUGUCUUACGGUGAAUUUGUGUGAUAUAUAGAGUAUGAGAUGACAUAAUAUGAAUUAACAACGCUAAUGGGUCUAUUAAUAUUGUCGCUGUGGUUAUGGCUGCUGCCAGCGAUGGUUUUAUCAGGAGUAUCAAGGGAGAUGGAUGAAGAAACAGAGGAUUCUUGCAGGAGCUACAUCCACGAGAAUCUACUCUACAUAGACUGUUCUGACAGAGGUCUCAAUGACCUGCCUGAAGGGCUUGACAUAAACGCUCAAGUACUGCUUCUGGCGAACAAUAAUUUUAUUAUGUUUCCAUCUCAACUUGAGAAAUUUACGAAAGUUGAAAUUAUGGAUCUUUCUGGAAACCGUUUAACCGGUUCCUUACCUGCCUAUUACGAAAACUUUAAGGAAUUGAAGAUUCUUAAUCUUUCAAAUAAUAACUAUGAUUCUUGGUUAAGUAGCGAUUACACGCUCAGUAUUAAGAAAUUAGAUCUAUCCAAAAAUAAAAUAAAUGCAAUAGAUGAAGACGCUUUUUCAAAAUUUCCUCGAUUAGCGAUACUAGAUUUAUCUGAAAAUCGUAUAUAUGAUCUUCUUCCUAGUAUAUUUGAAAAGGCGACUAGUUUAGAAGUAUUAAUUUUGUCAAGAAACUACUUCUCCGAAGUGCCUCACUUUCAGUCAUCAUCGUUAAAAAAUUUACGCUUAAGCAAUUGUCAAAUUACGAAAUUCGAAGUAAAUUCUCUUAGCGGAAUGCAGUCUUUGCUUGAAAUUGAUUUAUCUAUAAACCAGAUCGAAUCUAUUCCAGAUAAUUUAGCUUCAAACUCUUUACAAGAAUUGGAUUUGAGCUACAAUGAAAUCGAGACACUCACAGACUCGACAUUCUCGUCUCUACCGCAUUUAGCGGUAUUAGAUUUGAGGUGCAACGAAUUCAAGGAAGUAUGGUCUACGUCACACUUCGCCUCAAAUCCAUUUUUGAGAGAAGUUCAUGUGAAGGGAAACCGAUGGAGCUGUGAGGGCUUUAACGUGAAUCUGCUUUUGACAUAUGAAUUUCUUACGAAAGAACCACCAAAGGUAUUCGAUAAAGGUUCGUUGAUUUGCUAUUCGCCGUCAAAUGUUACGCAAAUGAGCUGGCAACAAGCUUACAUAAGAACAUGGCAUGCAGAUGAAAAGACAAUGUCAUCGUAUACUUUUAUGGCUGUUAUAAUUGGUAUGAUUAUUGGCGUUAUACUAACCUCGUUCGUUUGUAGAUUUCUUAUAUCUUCAAACAGAUCUAAUCCAGCACGGCCUAGCCCAGAAACGACAGUUUUGAACGGUAAUGCAACACAGGCUAGUACGGAAUCUGUGGUCAUGAGGGUUCCCCUAAGAGAAGAUUUACCCCCCACGUACGAUGAAGCUCUUUUAAUGCCAAGACUGAAUUCUUCCUUCCAUUCACUACCAGAUUUCGUUGAUGAGGAGGAAAAUCCUGAUAGGAGAAAUCGAAGAUCUAGAUCAAUUGGAGAUUUAACUGAGAGUAGACCAAGAGUUGGUGAUAGACGAUCAGUAAGGCGAACGAUUGAAGUUCGUAUACAGUGAUUUUUGUUUUACUUCUUAUAUUUAUUGUAAAUUUUAUUCGUAUACGUAUUUAGCAUAUAGUUGGCUUGGUUGAUUGGUUGAGUUAAAUGAU